AUGGGAGGUUGUUUAUAUCGUGAAUCGAAGGAUCAAUAUCAUUACAAUACAGAUGACAUAAUUUUGAAAUAAAAAUUGACACAUGAUCGAUUACAAAACCUUUAAAAACUGCGUGAGGAAAAGGAGUAAAUGUAAUAAAGAUAUUAAAAGAACAUUGAAGAAGGUGAAAAAGUGAAAUAACCAAAAAAACUGAAUUAGUCAUCGAUAGAAUAGAGUGGGUUUGAUAUCAGUCUUAGCAAAAACAUCUAGAAUCUACAUUAUAUUGAAGAAGCUGAAGAUGAAUCUAGUUUUGUGGAUUAACAAAAACCUUAAACUUAACUAAAAUUACCAGAUGAUGAGAAUUAUGAUGAAGGUGGAGAAUUGCUUUUAUAAUUGGCUUCAUCAUAAUAAUUGAAUGUAAAAAAGGCAGACAAUAUUAGAGAUUAAUUGUAAGGAAGAUAAACAAAUGAAAUGGAUGAAGUCAUAUUAUAAUACUUUAAUACUACAAAGGCUAAUUAUGAAAGUAGAAUUGAUGCUUGA